AUGGUUCUAUAUAGACUCGGGGAGAAGUCUAUAUCCCUAGAGUUGCCUGAUGCCACGAAAAAAAAGGUAGACUUUACCGAUACCUCGUUUUUCACCACCAGCCCAGGCCGGCAGCUGCCUUCACCGGCUGAAGUGAGAGCUCUAUCCAAGGAUAUUGGUAGACGUCCUGAACCAGCACCUAUCAGAUUUGAAAAUCUUAAUCUGAUCGUCAAGUUUGGCCGUUAUGUUACAACUUGCGAGGCAUUGAACCUUUGGAUGAUUAAAAAGGUUUUCGGUGAUGAGGUUCCGGUGCCUGAGCUCUUUGGCUGGCGGGUUGAUGAUAAAAACUAUGUGUUCAUAUAUAUGGAGCUGAUCAAAGGCCCAACUCUUGCAGAGUGUUGGGAGCAUCUUAGCAUCAUGGAAAAAAGGUCGAUUUUGGAUCAGCUCUGUCGGAUCACAGAGAAUCUGCACAGGCUUGCGCAAGAUGCCUCUGAUCAGUUUGUCGGAUCGAUCAACCGGCAACAUCCAUUAGACUACGUGUUCACAGACCAGCCCAGGGGUGGACCUUUCCCGAGCGUAAAGGAAUUUAACGACUGGUUUGCUUUGUUACACCAACUGCGCUUCACGCGCAGAUAUGAUGAUCCCAAUCGAUGUUUACUGCCAGAUACUGGGGAUAUCAAGUUUACCCAUGCGGAUUUGGAUCGGCGCAACAUCAUUAUUUCCUCCGUCAAUCCGGGUCGUGUCGUUAUUGUGGACUGGCAGCAGUCAGGAUGGUACCCGGAUUACUGGGAAUAUUGCAAAGCCCUCUAUACCUGCUGGUAUGAAGAUGAGUGGCGCAAGGACUUUAUCGAUAAAUUCUUGGAGCCUCGGAUGGAUGUGUUCUAUGUGUUUUCCGAGUAUUGCAAUGCUAUGGGUGCCCUUUAG